GCGGUUCCGCUGGCUCCCGUCGCUCCCGCCUCCCCAACGCUAGUGGCGGCCGCAGCCGCGCAUCCGGGUCGGCCCGGAGGAGCGCAGGUCAUGGCUUCCGGCUUCUCGGACCUGAGGCUCCAACAGAGGAAAUGACCAUCAGGGACCCUGCUCCAGACCCAUUACGGAGACUGAACCUUCACGGGGUGCGAACCUGCCUGGGACAGGGAAGCUUCUCUCUUUGAAGGGCUUUACAUUUGUCACAGAGAAAGUAAAGAUGACGACUUCUUCUAUCAGACGGCAGAUGAAAAACAUCGUGAACAAUUACUCGGAAGCCGAAAUAAAAGUCCGGGAAGCCACCUCCAACGACCCGUGGGGCCCGUCCAGCUCCCUGAUGACGGAGGUCGCGGACCUGACCUACAACGUGGUGGCCUUCUCGGAGAUCAUGAGCAUGGUGUGGAGGCGGCUCAACGACCACGGCAAGAACUGGCGGCACGUGUACAAGGCGCUGACGCUGCUCGACUACCUCAUCAAGACGGGCUCGGAGCGCGUGGCCCAGCAGUGCCGCGAGAACAUCUUCGCCAUCCAGACCCUGAAGGACUUCCAGUACGUCGACCGCGACGGCAAGGACCAGGGCGUCAACGUGCGCGAGAAGGCCAAGCAGCUGGUGGCCCUGCUGAAGGACGAGGAGCGACUGAAGGCCGAGCGGGCCCAGGCGCUCAAGACCAAGGAGCGCAUGGCCCAGGUGGCCACCGGCAUGGGCAGCAGCCAGCUCACCUUCGGCCGGGGCUCCAGCCAGCCCAACCUCUCCACCAGCUAUUCGGAGCAGGAGCACGGCAAGGCCGGGGGGUCGCCGGCCUCCUACCACGGCUCCACCUCCCCACGGGUGUCCUCAGAGCUGGAGCAGGCGCGGCCGCAAACGAGCGGGGAAGAGGAGCUGCAGCUGCAGCUGGCGCUGGCCAUGAGCAGAGAGGUGGCCGAGCAGGAGGACCUGGCUCGUGGCGAUGCUGUUGCCGUGACCACCAGCUUCAGGGUCCAUUGUCCUCUACAGGAAGAGCGCCUCAGGCGGGGAGAUGACCUCAGGUUGCAGAUGGCCUUGGAAGAAAGCCGCAGAGACACAGUUAAAGUUCCAAAAAAAAAAGAGCAUGGCUCCCACCCGCAGCAGACCACGCUGUUGGACCUGAUGGACGCCCUGCCCAGUGCGGGCCCUGCUGCCCCGAAGGCGGAGCCCUGGGGCCCUUCCGCUUCAGCCAGCCAGACCAACCCCUGGGGUGCUCCGGCAGCCCCCGGCAGGACUUCGGACCCCUGGCCGUCGUUCGGUGCCAAGCCAGCCACCUCUGUCGACCCAUGGGGGGUGCCCACCGGAGCCGGCACACACUCCGUCCCCAAGGGCUCCGACCCCUGGGCCGCCCCGCAGCAGCCAGCCCCCAGUGCCGAGAAAGCCGCUGACCCCUGGGCCACAGCGUCCGCCGACAAGCCCGCGUCCCCCUCUGGGGCUUUUGAUCUCUUCAGUAAUUUGAAUGGUACAAUUAAAGAUGACUUUUCUGAAUUUGACAACCUCCGAACUUCAGAAAGAACAGCCAAGGCGGCCUCUCCGCCGGCCCAGAACAGUGGAACUACCAGCCCCGACCCCUUUGAGUCCCAGCCCCCGACCGUGGCCUCAAGCAAGCCCAGCGGCACCCGGAAAACCCCCGAGUCCUUCCUGGGCCCCAACGCGGCCCUGGUGAACCUGGACUCGCUGGUGACCAGGCCAGCCCCGCCGGCACAGUCCCUCAACCCCUUCCUGGCACCAGGUGCUGCCGCGGCCUCAGCCCCGGUCAACCCCUUCCAGGUGAACCAGCCGCAGCCGCUGACGCUGAACCAGCUGCGGGGGAGCCCGGUUCUGGGGAGCAGCGCGUCCUUCGGGCCCGGCCCGGCUGUGGAGCCCGUGGCUGUGGCCUCCAUGACGUCCGCAGCCUCCCACCCAGCUCUGGGGGCUGGUGGCUCCUCCCUGCCGCCGCUGGGCCCCGCCGCGAUGAACAUGGUGGGCAGCCUGGGCAUCCCCCCGUCGGCAGCUCAGGCCACCGGCACAACCAACCCGUUCCUCCUCUAGUGCCCGCGCCGGGACCCGCCGCAGAGCAUCCAUGCCGAGGACGCCGGGCAGGGGCUCUCGCCUGUGGAAUGGGGUCUGAGAGCGGGGUGGGUGUGCAGAGGGUGUCUUUGCGGUCCUGGCCUCAGCCUGAGGGUCGAGAGGUGGCGGGCUUACUGAGGCGUCGUCACGCGGCACGUGGGUCCCCGAGCCUGUGUCGGGAGGGAAGGCCCCUGACCCAGCCUGGCCGCCGCCCCCCCCACCUCCUCGCAGUGCGGGCCCAGCCACCGUGGAGAUCCGCCGGCCCUCGGGGGCCUUGGAUGGGGAGGCGGCAGUGCUCCGUCCUGGCCCAGCCUCAGCCCCGGGCCUCUGGGAGUCCCCCUGCCCGGGACCUGGCGCCCACCCCCAGCCCUGGCGACCCCCCAGGCGUGGAUGGGAUGGAGUGCUGGCUCCCUCAGACACUGACCUUUGGGGGACGCGGUUGUGCAUAUUUUACUUUUCUUUGACUCGUGUGUGAGUUCAAAGUAAACGCCACCACCGUGGAACAACUCUUGAAUUAAAUCCACUAGAGCAAGCUUUAAACUAACCUGAGCGUAACCCUGCCACGUGCUCCAUGCUUGUACACGUUUGCACAGAUUUUGUUUAGUACAGUUUCAUAUUUGAGUUUGCAGAAUUAUCGAAUAGUCUUUUUUGGCUAAUAUUUUUAUAACGUCGUUCUUAUUUAACUGUCUAGUUUUGAUAGAAUUUACCAGGUCUGGCUGAAUUAAGAUACUGGCAGUGUCAUGUUAGUGGUGUAAAUCCUCUUAUUUAUGGUUUUAACUCUGUAAGAAAAUUUAACUAGGAAGAGAAAAAAAAAUGCCUUAUGGAAAAACUAAAGCAAAUUCUUUAUAGGAAAACAUACGGGAAUUUGAUUAUGCAUAAAAGAUGAUGUUUAUUUAAAAGAAAAAAAAAAGAAACUACAACAGUAACAAAAAAUCGUAGCCUCCAGUUGCCUUUUCCUUUAACUCCUUUUUUUGGUGGAUUACCAAACUGAUUGACUUUCAGCCUUUUUGGCUAGAUCCUAAGAGAGAGGCUAUUUUUCUUACUGAUGAACCAACGUGAAGAAAGUUAAAGACAAAAAUCUAACAUAUGAAUGUGACUCACCAGGUUUUAUCAGCUAACUCCUUUUUGUGACUGAAGGCAUGCACAGUUAACAAGACUUCGUUUACAGUGGGAACGUGGGAUGGAGGAGACUUCUGGAACCCUGUGUCUGUGACCCCCUCUAUCUUACUCCACACUCAGGGUAGAGGUGGGGACAGUGGGGGGGGGGGCGCAUGUCGGGGGCAGCCCAGGCUGACAGGGUGAGUGAGGGCCCAGGGCUGGCCCCGACCUACGCACCUGCCCUCCAGACACCCGUUGCAAUGUAGAAGUAAUCAUCUCUUACUUGGCAGAGGAAGAAAAAUCAUUCUCACCCAGAAGAGAUUUUUAGCGAACGUGCACUAAUCUUACCUCCCUCUCCCCUGCUUUCCUCGUCCCACCCACCACUAUAAAAAAGUAUUAGGUAAGUCACAAAUUAAAGACCAGAAGAGACUUGCUUCUCCCCAGGGAAGGGCCGUUUCCCCCGAGUCCUGUGUCUGUCUGGUCAGCCGGCCUGGCGGGCACCUCAGUCUCACUCUACGUGGCGGACGUCUCACCUCUAGCACCAAGGGCAGCUGACAGCUGGGGGUCUCUCCUGGGAGGAUGGGGCCCCUCCACCCCUCUCUGGUUCCGGGAGCUCUGACCCUUAGCGCUGGGCACGGGAGGCUGACUCAGAACUGCCUGCUCAGGCCACUCCUGUUGCCACGUAGAAGAGCUCACCCGUGCUCCUCCCUGGGGCUACCUCCGGCCCAGAGCUCCUGCCCAGCCCCUGAGACCUGGGGCUGGACCAUGGGCUCCAGAGUCACCCACGAAGGCCCGUCCGGCCUCUCUCAGCAGCCUGGAGGAGGGUGGGGCAGGGCGGGGCUCGGGGCAAGGUGCUCCCCCGGGGAGGUAGGGGCCGACCCCCUCACGGGGCACAGGACCACGCUACUGGGGUCAGUGAUUUCUCGUGAGUGAGGAGCCCUUGCCGAUGGGACUUUAAGGCCCCGAUGUUACAGCCAGUGGGCCACCCAGGCCCAGGCAGACUCCCACGCCAGCUCCCAGCUCAGGCCCACCCCCAGGCACCUCAUCCAUGUUGCCCGUUGCACUGAUCAUGAAGCCACUGGUGCUGCCACGCGUGUGGGACACGUGCCAUCAAGCUCCCUCCUGCCGGGCACCGUGGUAGGGGUGUUGCCCAGCCGUUUUCUCAGUCCCAGGGGCGGGUGGCUGGUUUGGAACUUGUGUUGACUGUUGAUACUUAUUUACUGUAUAAAUAUAAUUUAUCAUUUGUAUCA